AAAUUGAUAUUGAAUGCCUGGCUGUAGUCAAGGAAGGAGGAGAGGAAAGGGAUGACGGUGGAUCUCACCGAUUAAACUACAUCUGAUGACAACCGACUAGAAAGAAAUAAAUUUACCGUGUAAAUUUAUAUGUGAAAAAUGAUUAGGUUAGUUAAAUAUUGAGAAAUUGUGGAGAAAUUAUCAUAGGAUUGAUUGAAUUAGCGUAGUCGGUUGGGUUAUCUGUUAUUGGGCCAUCUUUAACAAUUAAUUUAAUUAAAGCCCAAAAGGAGAUGGAACAUAUUCUUUCUACAAAUUCGAGAAUAUGGUAGUAGUUUGCGACGCCCACGCGUUUUAUCGUUAGAGAUCAUCGCGUAUUUGCGUACUCAAAAAUUCUUCAUAAUCUACCCUGCACCCAAAGCUCUUGGAGUUGAAUCUAGAUACAGAAAGCAUGGCUCUGAAUCCUCAACUCUUCCCCAAUGGGAUGCCGGUGCCCUUCAUCAACGAGAUGUUCGUCUUGGCUAGAGACGGCGUCGAAUUUGAGAUCGACAAGAUCCCCGGCACUCAAGGUGGAACAGUUAAAGCAAAAGGAACUAUUUACUUGUCAAAUAUCCGCAUGGUGUUCGUUGCAAAGAAACCUGUUGGGAAUCUUUUUGCUUUUGAUAUGCCCCUGCUCCAUGUUCAUGAUGAGAAAUUCCACCAGCCAAUUUUCUACUGUAACAACAUCGCUGGUCGUGUGGAACCUGUUGUGCCCGAUAAUGAGCAUAGGGCCCUUUAUUCAACUCAUUCUUUCAAGAUUCUGUUCAAGGAUGGCGGUUGUGGAACAUUCGUCCCACUCUUCUUCAACUUGAUUAGUUCUGUCAGACAAUAUAACCAGCAUCUUGCAGCACAGCCUCGAGUGGAUCCUCUCCAAGCAGCACAAACUCCUGUUGAUGAGAUGAUGAGACACGCAUACGUUGAUCCUAGCGACCCCACUAGAAUUUUCCUGCAGCAGCCGAACGCAGAGUCACAGUUGAGACGCCGCACUUACCAACCAAAUAAUACUGAAAACCCAAUGUAAAUCAUUGCUGUUGUUUCCCUCAUCUAUACUUGUUGAGCUCAUGCUUAAAAGUUAUGUAAUAUAAACCUUUGCUUUUUAUUUGGUUGCUAACGUGUCUGAAAAAUUAUUUUACGUGUGUGCAACAGAAAUGUAAUGCUUGGAAUUUGGUAUCAGACAUAUGUACAAUCUGUUAUUUCUGUUCACAUGAAAAUGGUGCUAACCGUACCAGCAUAGUUUCUCUA